AUGACAAUACCCAGCCAUACACAUAUCAGAAGGGGGAACAAGAAUCCAAACAAACACGUUUCAUUCAAGCGCUUCAUCUCAGCCUCUGUUACUCAACGCGUUACAUGCAAACAGGUCGCAGUAGCUGGUACCAACUCCAAAGAUAUAAAGGCAGUGUUGAAAUCAAGAAGUGAUAUACCUGCAUGUUUAUCUGUGGAAGUAUUUUGGCUGACAGAGCAAGAGAAGCUGAUAUAUACACAGCUUCUUAUACUCCUAGGGGAUAGGGACAAAUUUGAAGGAAAAUUAGAGCAGUUGUUCAAUCCCUUAUUGAUAAUGGUACUGAUGUCAAAGAUUAUAUUGACUGAAAUAGGUCCCUUCAACUUUUAUCUUAUAAAGUAUCAGAGUGUAUACCACAUGCUUUAUUGA